CUCAAGCCUGUGACGUUAUUCAGGAAGUUUGUUGUAAACAAGAGACGUAGCACGACUAAAAAGAAAGCAAAACAUAAAGUCGAACUUCAUUUAAUUAAAACAGAAAGCAUUAAUAGCAAACAAAACUGGAUAUAGAUAACUCGCCGAAACCGCUUAAUAGAAAGAUAGAUGUAUCCCUUCCAAUACUUAAAAGCUGUUGUUUGCUCAGAAAUAUAGACACGACUGUGUCACAGAUAAUAAGGUGAAAUGUUUAAUUUUCUUGGAAUUCGUAAAGACUCUAAGAAGCUGACUCCUGAGAAGGAAGCAGAUGGAUUUGUGCUAUUAGGGGAAACAAUAGAAGAACAGAGGCAGACCAUGCAAAGAAUGGAACAUGUUCAACAAGGAUCAAAUGUAUUAAUACAGCCUUCACAGACAACAGCAGUGAAUCCACCUUCAGCAUCUGUUGAGCCGACACAAGCGAUGAAUCAAACUGCAGAAGGAGCUCCACUGAUGUCUGAGCUUCUCAGUGAUGUGCCUUUCACUUUGGCUCCCCAUAUUCUUGCAUUGCAGACAAGUUUUACUGAUAUUCCCGAUGCACUAGUUUCAGGGGACAUAAAUGAUAAUUUGGCUAGUUUUCGAUACGAUUUUACUCUGGAAAACUCUGUUCUUUGUGAUUCCUAAAUUCAUACACGUGUACAGAAGAUUCUUUAUUCUAUUUCCUUUUCCCAUCAGUACAAAAUCAAACCAUACUGUAUAUUUCUCCAAAGAAAGUGGUUAAAUAAAAUAUACUGUAUCAAGUAACGUGUUGGGGUUACAGAAUAGAGCUUUCAGCAGUGAUGUUUGCAUUCUAAUUUGUACAGCUGUCAGAGGUUGUGAUUGCCAGCUGAUUCAUAGUCUGUCGAAAGUCACAAUGAUUACAAUGGAGAAAAAGCAUGCAAUGAAUUAUUCUGCUUUAAAAAUCAGUCAUUAGUGCUGAAAAAUGAUCUUUUAUAAAUUAAAAUAUGAACACUCCUGUAAUAUUUCACACGCUUAUUAUUCUAGAAUCUAUGAUACUGUUUAUAUGUAACGUGGUGUCCUUUGCAAGAGAGGAAACAACUAAUUUACAAUUGAGCUUACUCAUUUAUUAGCAGCAGAAAUUGAGUAGUGCAUACUGUACAUGAAUUAUGGUAUAUCUAUAAAGUAGGGGUGUGCCUAAAGUCGUGUUUUCAUAGUAAUUACCUGUAAGAAAUUUGAAGUUGUUAGGUAUUAAUUAAAUGGAAUAAAAUGUGUUAAUUACCUUGGUUUCCCUUGUUUACACAAUUACAGAGUAUCAAUCAAUAACAACCUGACAAUGGUAUUUAAUAUGGAACCUGUCAUGAUCAAACUAAAACCAAUUCAUAUUUUAUAAGCAAUUUUAUGUCUUAUUUUAUUUUUCUUGAUAUUAAAUCAUUUUGCUCCCACUUUCCUUAGAAAUGCAUCCCCUCUGCAGUGAAUUAUGAGAUUGUCGUCCUGGGCAUGGUUGUUACCUCUGAUUUAAACUCAACAAAGAAAUGCAUAUCCCAUUCCACACUGGUAGGUUGGUUUAACAAAAGGUCACGUUUACGUGAUGAAUCAGUUGCAUUUGCUAGUUCUGCAACAUAUUUCCAUUGUCGGUUUAUGGCCUUGGUAUGGCUGUAAAAAUGUCAGUGCCCUCCCAAAGGAGAGGAAAAUUCACCUCUAAUCUGCUUUUUAAACACAGUGCAGAAGUUAAUUGCCAUCGAUUUGUACUCAUUGGUGAAGGUGAGGGAAGGGCAGCCUUUCUUGUUUUGAAACACAUGAACACAUGAAUAAAUAGGUGUGAAAGGUAAUUGCUUGGAAAAUACUGUAUGAGCACACCCCUACAAUAAAGAUACUGUGUGUGUAUUUCCUUUUAUUAAGAUGCCUAUUUGUGCAAAUACAAUUUGUGUAUGCACAUUGUAGAUAUUUGUUUGCAUAGAUGGUGCUUGUUUAAGUAUAUCUGUACAAGUAAUUUACAGAAACCACCAGAACUCCUUGUUGUAAUGUUUAUAUUGCUUUAAAAUUAUUUAAGAUUCACAGGAACAUUUUGUAUUAUGACAUGCUAUAAAUUAAAUUGGCUUUACUACCCCCUUUAA